GACACUUGUCAAGUCCCGCAGCAAACUUCAGAGGGGCAAAGUCCAGCGUUGAGUGUGGGAAGAGAAACAGUGGGAGGUACAGAGUGAGGGAGCACAGUUUAAAAAAAAAAAUAAAAAAAAAUCACAUGCCAUUUUAAAGUAAUGCUCCAAAGAUGGCGGUGGUAAUAGCGACGGGAGUUUCGUGCGCCACGGGAGUGCAAAAAAGUGGAAUUGUGGAGGUUUUGGUGCGGGAGCGGUGGCACAAAGUUUUUGUCAACUUGAACGAGGAAGCGCUCACGUUAAGCUGCGAGGAGACCGGCGUUAACGACAGCGCCGGCGACAAUGUCAACUCCAACGGCGUUACCAAUGGAUCUUACCAUGGCAACAACAACACCAACUCCAACAACAGCCCGCAGACCGUGCGCACCGCGUUCACGGACCUACCGGAGCGAGUGCCCGAGGCGAUCGCCAACAGAAAGCGGUGCGUCAAGGUGACCAAGCAAGAGGUCGGGGGGCUCGGGAUCAGCAUCAAGGGGGGGAAGGAGAAUAAAAUGCCCAUUCUGAUCAGUAAGAUAUUCAAGGGGCUCGCCGCGGACCAGACCCAGGCUCUGUAUGUCGGGGACGCCAUCCUGUCCGUGAAUGGCGUGAACCUGCGGGACGCGACCCACGACGAGGCUGUGCAGGCGCUGAAACGGGCCGGGAAAGAGGUGACUCUGGAAGUCAAGUACAUGCGCGAGGCCACCCCCUAUGUCAAGAAGGGCUCCCCGGUGUCAGAGAUCGGCUGGGAGACCCCCCCUCCGGAGUCGCCCCGCCUCGGCAGCCCUCUCCUCUCCUCCCGCUGUGACCCUCCCAGCCCUCCCCCUGCCCCCUCGCUGUCCCUGCAGGGCGACAGGAGGUGCAUACCGCUCAAGAUGUGCUACGUCACCCGAGCCCUGACCACACCGGACCCCGAGAACAGACAACUGGAGCUGCACUCGCCUGAUGCCAGACACACCGUGGUGUUGCGCUGCCCGGACCAGCCGUCUGCCCUGUCCUGGUUCUCGGCCAUGCACGCUGCCACCUCCGCCCUGGCCCAGCGGGUCCUCGCAGAGGUCGUCCAGAACACUGCCAGGACGGGGAUUGCUGGCAGCAAAGAGAUACGACACCUGGGAUGGUUGGCAGGGAAGACGGAGAGCGAGAAGCAGUGCUGGAAGCCGGUGUUGGUGGUGGUGACAGAGAAAGACCUGCUGCUGUACGACAGUCUACCGAGAGGCAAGGAGGCCUGGCAUAGCCCCGCACACACAUACCCACUGUUAGCUACACGACUGGUCCAUUCUGGCCCCGAGCGGGGGUCGCCUCACUCUGGUACAGAGCUGUACUUUGCCACCCGGACUGGCACACGUCUUGGCAUCGAGGCCCACCUGUUCCGGACUGAGACCACCAAGGAUCUGUCGCUGUGGACCAGACACAUUGUGAACGGGUGUCACGCCUCUGCUGAAAUGAUUAAAGAGGUUACUACUAGCUGUCUCUAUCGGGGUCAGGAGUGCCGGCUGGUGGUUCACUACGAGCAGGGCUUCUCUGUGCUGUCUGAGCCCAGCCAGGGGGAGGGACAGAAUGGGGAGGAGAGAGGAGCUCACACCCCGAGCAGGCCCAGAGUGCUCCUGUCCUACCCCUACGAGAAGCUGAAGAUGUCCUCAGAUGACGGAGUCCGCAUGCUCUUCCUCGACUUUGGAGGGAAGGAGGGAGAGAUUCAACUGGACCUCCACUCCUGUCCGAAGCCCAUCGUCUUCAUCCUCCACUCCUUCCUCUCGGCUAAGAUCUCCCGCCUGGGUCUGGUGGCCUGACAGACCCUUUAAAGGGACAUCUCCCUGCUUCGAAAGCAUAGACGUCCACCUUGCUCGUCCACCUCUCCGGGGUUCAGAUAUAUCAACUUCAACUUCUUCAGCCCAGGACCCAAGAUGAGAGAAUAUCGUCUCUUCCUGGAACCUCAUCAAGUUAUGACAGAGUUCUUGCAAUGUGUGGAAAAAACAGAAACCCUUUUUGGGGGUGUUCCCAACUCAUAGAUUAAUCAACACUGAGGUAUGCUGGACUUGUGGAGAUGCUUCAUCCAGAUUGGUUUUGUUUGGAGUGAAAUAUGCCCUUGACGAACAAGGUUUUUGAGGGAUAUCCGUCCCCAUUUAAGGGCUGCAUUGACUGAAGUGUUGAUUGAAGAACCUAAGAAGAAAACAAGUCACUGGACUGGAAGCAGAGUGAUGAUAUGAACAGAGAGAGGAGCGGAGAGAGAAGCACACCGAGAGGGACAGAUUUUUGGGCAUUAUUGUCACGUCCAGUCACAAUUAGAGCAGUAGGACAUGCAGCAGGUUCGAGAUGAAUCACUUGUAAUUCAAUCCAUGUCUGAUUCUGUCAAAAUGCACUGUAAUGGGCAACUGUGUACAAUCCAUUUACCAAUGAUAUAAUUUAUUCACCAUUAGCUCUAAAACAAAUAUCCUGACAUUCUACAUUUUACUGGGUUAUUUUUCUUCACCAAACACUUGUCACGUUGUGGGAAAUUUGUCUUUCUUAGUGUCCCCAGAAUGCCUCGUUAGCAUUGUCAGCAUUGAUCAUUGGAGCUGAGGAGCUCAAUCAGCCGCAGUUUCCCACAAUGUGACAUCCAACUAGAAUUCAACAUGUCACAGCAUCUCUCUAAGAGAGUUGACACUUUCAAAAUGUGCUCUGUGCUCAAAGCAUUUCAGUGAAUUUCAUUGAGUUCACUCCCUGAGUUGACUUACUGAGAGGGAUCUGAGGUCUACACCAAUGUCCAGAGGUCUAUAAAUCCAGAUAAAAACAUAUCCUGAUGAAAAAUCGAAAUGUGACAGCUUUUAUUUGGCAAUUUUAGUUUGGAAACUGCACCAUCUUCUCCCAUUACUGUUUCUUCUGAUAUGUUAACUUCCCUUUCUGUGGAAAUAUAGGGAUACUUAUGAUGGGGACAUGAACAUCCAAAAGAUCAGUUUAUCCUGAAUAUGACCUCACUGAGAUUAUGAGCACGUACAUAUGGCAUGGAUAAAUAUACUGAGGGCUCCCUAGAUUUGCUUGUGGAACUGUUUCACAAAAAAAAUAUGAAAACUAAACACUAAACUAAUGAUGGUGCAAUCACCCCAGCAAGUAUUAUGUAGCUGAAAAGUUUCAGUCAUUAGCAUGGUAGCCAUCUUAGGAGUCUUCAGGCUUUCAUUGGUCCUGCAGCAGCCAGCGCAGACUCAGUAGAACCAAAUCUGUAUACGCUACUGUCUGUCAAAUGGCUGGCUGUCAGGUCUUUCCUUGUGCCUUCAGAUGACUAAAAACAGAAUAAAUUAAAAAAAAAAAUUUACAGCAAUUUAUCAUAGACAUUGAAAUUUUGAAAGUGUCGCAAACAAUUUCUCACAUCACCCAGUACUUAAAGUAAUUUAAGAGUAUUGGAGGAAGUGGACAGUAAAUGACCUCUAUGAUGGCUGCAUUUGCAUAUGAUCAGAUCCACAAACAGUGGGUCUGUCUCAUUUGCAAGGAAGCUUCCGAGUCAGUAGCAUUUUUAGGAAAUAUGAUCGCUUAGGACUGCCUCAUUAUAGUAGCAAGCACAGGACACAUCCUAGUUGGGUUCCUUGAUUUGGCAACAUUUUAAGGAAACAUCAAGUGGUUCUUUCACUGUGUAGGAUUUCCAAUUAAAGCAAAAUUUAGCAUUGAUAGAGUGUUACCUGGGCAUGACGUAUCCUCAUCAGUUGUUUUGUGCUGCCCUGGGCUGCUAAUACAGAAUGAAGUCUCUCUAUUCACGUUCGUAGUGCAACAAAAAACCUCCCAAAACAACACUUUUACCACAAAAAUGUGUUAAAAAAAAAAAAAAACAAAACAUGGUGGAUUAUGCCCAUGUAAAAAACAACAAGUCCCGGAAUCCUUGUGUGUGUGUGUGUGUGUGUGUGUGUGUGUGUGUGUGUGUAUAAUUUCAAUUAUUUGUGAAAGUGCUAUCAGGUUGUUUCCUCCUGGCGAAAGGUUGCUUUGCGUAUGUCUCCUGCAGACACUACCCGCUAGAUAUACUUUCCAUUUCAUGUAAGAAGAAAAGAGCCUUUUAAUGCCCUAAAAAAUGGGUACCGGGACUGGUUGUUUUUUAUAUUCGCAAACUACACUUAGUUUGUGUUCCUUUAUGCUCGAAAAUUGUCAUUCUGGGGCUUGUUUUGUUGCGCUCUAGAAGUGAAUGGAGGAGCAGAUACAGUAUUGUGGAUUAGCAGUCCAGGGGAGCACAGAGCUACUAAUGAGGAUAUUUCACCACCAUGUGGACUCAUAACACCCGGGUAACCUCUGAAGCAUAGUCCUGCCAGAGGUAAGUGACCCGAUUCAGUGUUAGCUGGCCAGCUGUAAGGUAGCUAAUGAUUAUAUUUCUUUUUUUUUUUUACAUUCUAAUUUCAUGAAAGGGUUUAUUACUAUGGAAACCAGCAACACCACUCUCCAUGGAAUGGUUGUCGAAAAUUCAUGUAACCUUUUGGACAAAUUAGGUUCCUAAUAAGGACUGUUCCUAGCUGUGCCAAGGUGAUAGGAACCGCAGAGAUUCCAAGCCAGAAAUCUGUUUGCUUCUCUUCUUUAUUUAUGAACACAUACAAACACUUUUCAAUGACCAAUUAUGCACACAGUAACACUGCAAACAAUGAUUUACAUUUUUUAAUUACCACGGCAUAGAAGAAAUACAAUAAUCUGUUGCUAUGUUGGUACAAAAAGAUACUGGAGGUAUUGUAAUGCCUGGCAUACAGGACUUACUGUUAACCUCAGAUGGAAAAGUGGAAGAGCUCUAUGUGAAAAGGUUGCUUGAGAUGUAGAAUAAUCAGAUGCCUUUGGCAGCUACUGUGCUAUCACUCAGAAUGAUAAAGCUUAGUUUUUAACUCAGACGGUGCACAUAAAUCAUGUAUUUAACAAAAUGACAAA